CGUUUGACACUCAAACCAAUCUCCACGACGCUCAGGCACCACCCGACUGUUUCGUUUUGUUGCGAGAGCUUUUGUCACCCGCUGUCACAAAUUCUAUUUACAGUUUUGCCUGCUGGUAUUCUCUGACACGGCAUAACUGCGCUUGGCUAGAACACUCCUGAAGGGGCGAGCAGCAGCCGGCGGCUCGCGUGAACGAAAUCGCCACCGAAAAUGGCCGUCGACGCCGUGGAGGAGUAUAUGCCUCCCCAGUACCCUAAAGAGUUUGACAGCACCGACCUGCGGCGUCUGGUGGGCGUGGCACCGAAGGGCUACAAAGUGAACCCCAUCAAGUCCCAGAAGCGGAAGCGCGUCGAAGAGCCGGAUGAGGAGCCGAUGGAGGAGGAGACAGCGAUGCAGCAGGACGAGCCUCAGGCUGACGUCGCGCAGGCAGGAAAGCGGCAAAAGGCGGACGACAAGACCUGGCGCCCGGUUUCCGGGAAAGUAUGGAAGGCGCCGGGGCAACGCGCUAGCAAGGUUAUGAAGGCGAACGCCAGCAGCAACAAGAGCUGGGGGCGGCGCAUGACGGAGAAGGCGGCCAACAAGGCGUUGAAAGAAACCAAGGCGGAGGCGCUGGCGGAAACCAAGGCCAAACGCAAGGCUGCCGCGGACCAGCGCAAGGCGGCCAGGGAGCGCAAGCAGGCCAACCAGGCCAAGAGCGCGGUCACGCAGAAGAUCACCAAGGCCUCCACGGUCAAGAAGAUGCUCAAGGACAAGAAGCAGCGCAAGCUGCUGCGCACGGCGGACACCAACUAGGUCGGCCGGCGCGGCUGCGGCAGGGCGCUUAGGGCGUGCGUAGCUAGAAGUGUUGGGUAGUGGGUAGGGUAGGCUGGUGGUCUUCGUACGUACAUGAGAUAUUGUGCGUGCCAGCGCUGACUGGUAUCUCACAGUUUGCGCCAGUACUGAGUUUGGUGCGAACUCACGCACGCACGCACGCACGGACAGGGGUGUUCCAUGAAUUGCUGUGAUCGGGGGGCUCAGCCCAAAAACAGUGUGCAAGUGGCAUUAUGACAACACAGGGCAGCAGAUGGAAACAAGAUUCAGCCGCGCUGUGUGCACUGCACGUAUCGGAUGCGUGAAAUGUGUUGAGAAGGGACUGUUUGGAUGUUGGCGGGUACCGUAUGCAGGCAGGGGCGCCGCACACGGCUUGAUCAUCCCCAGGAUUAUCUGGUCGGCCAAACGGGAUACGGGUUACGCAUUUGAUUGUUUGGCAACUUAAGAGCUAUUCGGAGAUGCGUCAACAGAAGCCAGAUUGAGCUGGACAGGGCGCAUGGACACCUGGCUUCGGUUUGUUGCGCCAAGCUGAGUGCUCCAGUUUGAAGCGUGGUUGCAUGUAAGAUGUACUGCCUU